UGUCACAUCGCGCUUCAAAGCGGUUUGAGGUUCCCCAGACGGAUAAAACAGGACUUCCCUCUGCGAAAGAAGAUGGGAACGGCGCGACUUUUGUGAUAGGGGUCCCAGUUUCUUCUAGGCGCCGCAGACGUCGUCAGAAGGAGAGCGGGAGACGCUGAAGGAGUUUUGUUUCUGGGACGUUCCUGGAUUUCAGGUUGCGGGGUGACACGCUGCAUCUCGCGCCGAGCUAUGAUGAUGAUGAUGAUGAGUCUCCUGCUGGCAUCAAACCUGCAACCUUCCAGUCGCAACACGGUGUCUCCAGCCAAUAGACACAGAGUCCUCCCACACUGAGUCCUCCCUCUAAAACAACCUGUUUUCACGUUCACACUAUGGACAAAAGAACAUUUCACCACGCGCGAAUUCGUCGUGUAACUUCCUAACUUUUGUGUCGAUGGUGACAGGCUGACCCGACACGAUUAGUGUCAUGACUUUAUUCGUCCUUAAAAGCCCGCGGUUUACAUGUCCCGGGGCUUUUCGUCCUUUUUGACGCGUCUUUACCGCGAUUUAAGCCACUUAAAAGAGUUUGAGCCUAAAUCUCGCCGGCUCUCAUGGGACUCAGGCAUUCGUCGCGGUGUUUGCUGCUACGGCGGAAGAUGGCGGAGGCGGACAGCUCGGAGGUAGGGGACCUUGUAAAACUUAACCAAGCUCAUUUCAUUCUAUUUCUUUGCUCACAGCGACAACAGCCUGUCAGGUCCCCGCUUUCCCAGUCUGCACAGCCCUCCCCUCUGCCGAAACCAGUGCCUACAACCCAUCAUGUGCCCUGCAUUCCUCACACGCCUCAUGUAGCAGUGCUCGCCACCUGUCCUGGACGAGGCAAGAUUGCCAAGUUCAUAAGCCCAGAGGAAAUGACAUCAAGGGACUACUACUUUGACUCCUAUGCCCACUUUGGCAUCCACGAGGAGAUGCUGAAAGACGAGGUGCGGACACUGACCUACCGCAACGCCAUGUACCACAACAAACAUGUGUUCAAGGACAAGAUCGUCCUGGAUGUUGGCAGCGGCACAGGGAUCCUCUCUAUGUUUGCUGCUAAUGCCGGUGCCAAACACGUGUACGGGAUCGAAUGCUCAAGCAUAUCUGAAUAUUCAGAGAAGAUUAUCAAGUCCAAUCACCUACACAACGUCAUUACCAUCUUCAAGGGCAAGGUGGAGGAGGUGGAGCUCCCCGUGGAGAAGGUGGACAUCAUCGUCUCCGAGUGGAUGGGUUACUGUCUCUUCUACGAGUCCAUGCUCAACACCGUCAUUUUCGCCAGGGACAAGUGGCUGAAGCCCGGAGGCCUGAUGUUCCCAGACCGAGCAGCUCUCUAUGUGGUGGCCAUUGAAGACAGGCAGUAUAAGGAUUUCAAGAUUCAUUGGUGGGAAAACGUAUAUGGGUUCGACAUGAGCUGCAUUCGCAACGUGGCCAUCAAAGAACCUCUGGUGGAUGUGGUUGAUCCAAAGCAGGUGGUGACUAACGCCUGUCUCAUAAAGGAGGUGGACAUCUACACUGUGAAGCCAGAGGACCUGUCCUUCACCUCGGCUUUCUGUCUGCAGAUCCAGCGCAACGAUUACGUUCACGCUUUGGUCACGUAUUUCAACAUGGAGUUCACCAAAUGUCACAAAAAGACAGGCUUCUCCACCGCUCCAGAUGCUCCCAGCACACACUGGAAGCAGACUGUGUUUUAUUUAGAGGACUACUUAACUGUCAAGAAAGGAGAAGAGAUCUUUGGCAGUAUCACCGUUAGACCCAAUGAGAAGAACGUGCGUGACCUGGAGUUCACCCUUGAGCUAGAUUUUAAAGGACAACUAUGUGAAGCUGCCAUUUCUCACGACUAUAAAAUGCGCUAGCAGCAAGCAAAGGCACCGGCGCAGGUCCGCCUGGAGACCCCCCUGGACACAACUGGAGGACAAAGGCUGUCCAGGAAGCGGUCCAGCUGAUAAGGGUGGGGAGCAAAUGGGUGUCUUACUGGAUAGCGUCCAGUCUGCAUCGAAGUGAAGCCAUCAGAACGAGCGUAGAACCUUCUCUCAGCAAUAGCGUCGUCACAGAUAGCUCCCGGUCAGAAGUUUACAUAUGGCCAUUAUGGAUACAAAUCAUUCGUUUGAAUAAUCUAAAAUAUCUGGGUCUAUGCAAGAAAAACAGCAAAUAAAAGCUGGGUCUACUCUUUCCUGAGAAAAUUGUUUAAAUAUUCAGACAAAAUGAUGCCACAAGUUUGUCGAUGUUUACAAUAAUGUUGUUGUUGUUUCUCUGCGACUUGUGAUGACAUACAGUAUGUAUCCAAAUGCUGGAUAUGUAUUUAAACAUAUAAUUUUAUUGUAUUUGAUUGUAUAAGUUUGACCCAGAGUGGAUUACCGGUAAGCAAAAUCCACGCUAAACUUGUGGACCACGUUUUUAUUGUUUAAAAAUGACAAACAUUUUGCUAUAGCUGUCAGCAACACAAAUUGUACGAGGAUCAGUUCACAUAAUUUGUUAAAAGCACCAAAUGAAAAUGGCAUUAAUCCGAAAGACAAGCAUAUGUAAACUUCUGACAGGAAUUGUAAAAAUGACUGCAACCCCAUCGUUGAAUGUAACACCAUACAAAAAUGUGACUUUUUCCUAAUUCUUGAGAUUUCUUGAUUUUUAUUAUUUUUUUUAAUCUGACAAAACGCUUUGGAAUGAUUAUUUACUGUGUGAAAAUUGGAAACGUCAAACGUGAUUUUAGAAUCUAACAGAAUCUCUUAGAUUCUGUUAAGAGUCUCUCAGUUUACUGAUCACAUCUGUGGUUUCAGAUAAUAAUAAAAGCAAAUGUUUAAAUUAAGAUUAAUGGAUUGUAACAAUGACUGGGAAAUUAUGUACUUAUUGGUCCAUUAUUCUCAAGUCAACAUCACCACAUAUUUUGUUAAUUAAAAACUAACAUGAAACAUUUACAUUUCAUUUCAAUUUGACAAAAUGUCAAAUUGAACGCAAGACUAAAACCGAAAAAAAAUAAGUAAAAUACAGAAAUGUACCUUUUUUUAAUGAUUAUUAUUUUUAAAUAUCAUAACCAUAGGUGUGAUUUGUAAACUCGGAGACUGGAUUUGCAGGGGCUCCACAGUCAGGCUCCGUUGUUGCGUUGUAUUGAAAGUAAGGUGAGUCAUCAUUCCCUGUUUGCAUCAUGUGGUUUUUGGGUUUUGGAGUGACGGGUGGCGGGGGGUAGGGAGUGGGCGUUGGGUAUCAAUUCCAGAAAAUGUUGCUUCAUGUAUUUCUUUUAUUGACGCCAACCCAGAACAAAAUGUGUUUAGGCUUCAGAAAAACGUCCAAAAAAACAAAGAAAAUGUCUUAGGUCAUUAUUUUGAAAAUGAGAAGAUCUACGAAAAUUGAAAAGACACAAAGUGUGACAAUGAAUAAAAUGUGAAAUAACCGUG